CUUAACCUUAAGCUUGAGCAAUUUAUCUCCUUUAUUUUAUAAAAGCAGCCGCAUUAUUUGACAAUUCUCAAAAUAACGUACUUUGUGGAUACUUUCACAUUUUGAUGGAAUACCAUGGCUAAAAUAUCGACAAUUGGUUUAAUUUUUUCAAUUCUGAUUGGUGUUGCUACUGCUGCUGGAAAGCCUACAGGUUAUGCUCUUGCCAUAAACCACGUUCCAGAAUGGGGUUGGAAAAAAGGCGGCCUUGGCGUCGGUAAAAGUAUUCGCUAUGACAUCAGGAAAUAUCCAGAACCAGUUGCUAAAGAGGCAGCUGCAGUUGCUUCGAUAUUAGAGCUCUUUAAAAUCUUUGACUUGCCAGCUAUGGAAUUCCUUAAUUCGCCAAAGGUCCCCUUUGGAAUAAUCCCUAAGAAGGAAUGAGCAGGUUGUCCAAAACUGAGUGAAAAAUGCAUGAAUAUAAAGCAAAAGAAUUAGUACAUUGUAAAUUUUUGUAAUAAUAAAAGAUUAUUAACAUUUCAA